CGUCAUUCCUGGGAACUUCUCUCCAAUGAGGGGCCCGCUUUGUACUUUAUGGAGGGAGGGAGAGGCGGACCGGCGGCUGCAGCGUCCCCCCUCCUGUGUCCAGGACGGAAUUUCAAACGUACCUCCGCGAGGGUCCUGCAUCAAUAGUGAGGGGGCACAGCAGCAGCAGCAGGGGGGUUCCCGGGGGACUUCAGGGGGCAGACAUCUUUCUGCGGGUGAGGAUAACAGGAGUCUCCAGGGGGGGUUAUAGAGAGAGAGAGGGGGAAAAAGCCGCGCUGGCAGUUGUGUUUUUAUCCUUGAGGACGGGACGUCUGGAGCUCUAACAAUGCGUUCCCACCGCGGACUACUUCUUCUUGGAGCCGUCUUGGACGCAGACAUGGAGGCUGUACCGUUUGGGAUUCGGGGAUUUUAGUUGCUGAACUGCGGUUCCUGUUCGCGGGGUCCUCGGCUGGAGCCCCGGGAUGCCCGCGAGGAACAGGUACAACCUGGUGGACGACGUGGCGGACUCGAGGGUGCCGCUGCACAACGAGGAGGCGUACCAGCAUGGCAUACAUUUCCAAGCCAAGUACGUGGGAAGUCUGGAUGUACCGAGGCCCAACAGUCGGAUGGAGAUCGUGGCAGCUAUGAGGAGAAUCAGGUACGAAUUCAAGGCCAAGAACAUCAAGAAGAAGAAGGUCAGCAUUAUGGUUUCUGUUGACGGCGUCAAGGUGAUGCUGAGGAAGAAACAAAAGAGAAAAGAAUGGACGUGGGACGAGAGCAAAAUGUUGAUCAUGCGCGAUCCGAUUUACAGAAUUUUCUAUGUGUCUCAUGACUCGCAAGACUUAAAGAUUUUCAGCUACAUCGCUAGAGACAGCUCCAGCAACUCCUUCAGAUGCAACGUCUUCAAAUCGAAGAAGAAGACGCAGGCAAUGCGCAUCGUGCGGACGGUGGGCCAGGCAUUCGAAGUUUGCCAUAAGAUCAGUCUGCAGCACGCUGAGCAGGACACGGAUGGAGACAGUGACAAGUCAACAGAGGAGGCCGGUUCCCACGGCCGUAAAAUAGCAGGAGCUGAGCAAGAAGAAGAAAAAGAGAAGAGCAAACAUGGAGGACAAGGAGACAUUUCUUCAGCUGAAGCUUCACUGUGUGAGAAAGCUGUCAGCGAGAUCUUGCAGAGCCUGGCUGAACUGAAAGUUGUCAGACCUGGACAAGCUCUGAAGGACUUUGAUGGCAGGUCAGUCUACACUGUGACCACCCAGGGCAUCAUCACUCCCAGCAGCCCUUGCUCUUCAUCUCUCACUCCACUGGCAUCUCAGCAUUACCUGCAGCUGCUUCAGCAGCAGCUCCAGCAGCAGCAGCAGCACACACAGGUGGUCGUUGCACAGGUGCAGCUGUUGAAAGACCAGAUGGCGGCGGAGACAGCGGCUCGCAUGGAGGCUCAGGCCCGCAUCCACCAACUGCUGCUGCAGAACAGAGACCUGCUGCAGCACCUGGCGCUGCUGGUGCAGCAGCUGAAAGAGUUGGAGGGGCGCUCCCAGGAAGCAACACAGCCGCAGCAGGAGGGUCAAGCUAACGGACACAGUGGGCCGCAGUCAGAGGGAAGCUCUGGUUCUUCAUCUUCCAGAUCGCUCUCGUUGAACCUAAAGAAUCACUACAGCCACACCCUGGAACAGCUUACUGCCGCAUGGCCACUCCAGACCUCAACUCUCACCUCCGUCCAGGUGGGCAGCGCUGAGUCCUACAUCAACCUGCUCAACCUGGAAAACGGCUCUAGCGUGGCAGCAUCGCUCUCCGACCCGGAGCCCCUCAUCAGGACUAACAGCUGCGCAGACCAGAAGGACAGAAACUCUGCCGUCUUGGAUGACAAGUAUAAACAAGUCAUACCUAAAAUCAACCCUCCUCCACCCUCCAUGAAUCGCAAGAGGUCCAGCAGGACAUUUUCUCCUGGGUCAGAGGUCAUGGCCAUGCCCCCGCCUGCUGAAAUCAGCACUAUCGAGGUGGCCCCCAGCCGAAGCGUCAGCCUCUCUUUCGCGGACGUGACCCCCACCUCGCUGUCAUCGGCUGAUGUCCACUCCCUGAGCAACGGCGAGAGCAGCUCCUCUUCUGCCAGCGAGGACUCCGGCGUUCGCUCGGAGACCAAGUCGCUGCUUUCCCCUCUGCGCGACGAAGACGACCUGUUCGGGGACCGCCACAUGUUUUUGACGACGACCAGCGCCUGCGAAAGCCCCCUGCAGGAGAACGGAGACGCGACUCUGUCGUCCUCGGAGUCACCGCCAAGUGAAUCCAGCAACACAGCUUCACAGUCAGAAGCCGGGGAGAUACCUCCUCCCUUCUCCUCUGGGAUGAAUGACACCUGCCUCCACAUCAGUUUCUCAGAGGACGAGCUGCUGGACGGCGGUCAGGACGACCCAAGUGGCCCCCAGCGGGGCUGAGUGGAUGACCAGAUGCCGGACUCUGGAGAUUUCCAUAUUCUCCUUAAACUGGGAUGUAUCUAUUCUGGGGUUCCACAAGGCUCCGUUUCAGGACUUGAAAUAGUUCCACUUACAUGUGACACAAAACUUGUAAAUUAUUAGCAAGGAGACAGAUUUAGUAUUUUUCUAAUGCAAUUAAUGAUCAGUUUACAUUUGAGCUACUAGAAUAAAGGAAGGUCCAUGUAACAGAGGAUUUGCUGUAGAUUUGAAACCUAAAAAAAUCAACACAUUUUAUUUUUGCUAGUUUUUGACUGCAGAUUAUCAUUUUGCAAGACUCACCAUAGUGCAAAGUAAAAUGAAAAAGGUGCACUCCUGUAUGAGACGGCCAGAAUGGUGGUGAUGUUGGGAAAAGCUUCAACUUUUGGGAUGCACCUUCAAGCCUGACGGAUGGAAAGAAACUAGAAAGUCGGUGAGGGAAAAGGAAAACUUCAAAACAAUUUUAGAGAGUUUUUGAUUUUGUUUUUUUUUUUUGUUUUUUGUUUUUUUAACUAAAACCUUUUCAACAUGUUCUAUGUUUAAAUGUACGACAGACUAUUAAACAAAGGUUAUAUUACGAGAUUUACAGUUGUAAAUUCACGAGAAAAAAAAUCUAUUAAAUUUACAAUGUAUUUCUUGUAAUUUUACCAGAUUAGGACUACAAAAAAAUAAUAAUAUUAAGAGAUACAAGUGAAAGUGAUAUUACAGUCCAGCAAGUGAGCGCCAUGUGCAGCAGCUGAUUUGGUCAUCAGACAACUUAAAAGUUUUUUCUCGUUAAUUUAUUAAUUUAUUUAUUUUUAAUAUCAAAAUAUGACUUUUUUCUCAUAAAUGUAUUAUUUUUUUCUUGUAAAUUGAUCAAGUUUUCUCAUAAAUUUACAUGUUUUAAAGCCAUAAAUUUACAACUUUUUUUAAAUGAUAAAUUUACGCGAGAAAAGUUAUAAAUCUAUGACUUAUAAAGGCAUAAAUAUACAACUUUAUUCUCGUAAUUUAACAGUUAUUACUUUUCUCGUAUAUUUACAACUUUAAAGUCUUAAUUGAAAAAUGUGUUUUAAUUGUAAACUAGCCCUAAAACUUUGUCGUAUAUAUGCAAGAGAAACAGAAAGCUAAGAAGGAAAUGCAUGUUAGAGAGUUUAAUUUUUUUUAUUCAACUAAAACUUUUUCAACAUGUUAUGUUUGUAUUAGGGCAGCCCAAAAAAAAAGUUAUAUUAUGAGAUUCAAAAUUUACAAAAAAAAAAAAAAAAA